CUCUUUCAAAUACCAGGAAACAAACAAUCAACACAAUCCUGACCUGACAUGGGUUUCGAAGGUGAUGACACCCAAGUGUCAACCAAAGCAAGAUUCAGGUACAACUCACCAUUGGUCCAAGUCACACCCAUAGGACUUGUCUGUUUCUGUUGUCCAGGUAUGUUCAAUGCCCUCGCUGGUUUGGGAGGUGGUGGGCAGGAGAAUCCCACUGCUGCCAACAAUGCCAACACCGCCCUUUACACCACCUUUGCCAUCUUUGGCAUUCUUGGUGGUGGAAUUUACAACAUUCUUAGUCCUCGCUUGACCUUAGCUUCAGGCUGCAGCACUUACGUGUUGUAUGCAGGUUCUUUUCUUGAUUAUAAUCACCAACAGCACCAAGCUUUUGCUAUUGUUUCCGGUGCCGUUCUUGGCAUUGGUGCUGGCUUCUUAUGGGCUGGAGAAGGGGCGAUCGUGACCUCUUAUCCUCCCCAACAUCGGAAGGGGACUUAUAUUUCUCUGUUUUGGAGCAUUUUCAACAUGGGAGGUGUUAUUGGUGGGCUGAUUCCUUUCAUUCUUAACUACAAUCGGAGUGAGGCUGCUUCUGUUAAUGAUGGGACUUAUAUUGGAUUCAUGUGUUUUAUGACGGCAGGGACUCUGCUGUCAUUAGCCAUCUUGCCGCCGAGCAAAGUGGUUCGCGAUGAUGGCACACGCUGCACAAACAUUAAGUACUUCAAAUUUUCUACUUAGGUUGUGGAGAUUGGUUAGUUGUUCUUCAAUUGGAAGGUGCUUUUUAUUGCUCCUGCUGCCUGGGCCAGCAACUUUGUACACAUUUACCAGUUCAAUAAUGUGAAUGGAGCACUCUUUAAUUUGAGGACAAGGGGAUUGAACAAUGUGUUCUAUUGGGGGCCCCAGAUGGUGGGUUCUAUUGUGAUUGGAUACAUAUUGGAUUUCAGCUUCAAGAGUAGGAGGAAGAGGGGAUUUGUUGGGAUUGGAAUUGUUGCUGCGCUCGGGACUGCUAUCUGGGCAGGUGGACUUGCGAAGCAGGUAGGAUAUAGCCGCAAUGACCUACCUCCCAAGUUGGAUUUCAAGGACUCAGGUUCCGAUUUCGCAGGGCCUUUCAUUUUGUAUUUCAGUUAUGGGUACUGGGUGAUUGGGGCCUUGGCUGAUGACUCUGAGAUUCUUAGGAGAUAUGUAGUAUUUUACAAGGGAGUGCAGAGUGCAGGGGCUGCAGUUGCUUGGCAAGUGGAUGCACGCAAAGUUCCAUUACUUACCCAGUUGAUUGUGAAUUGGUCCUUCACAACAGUGAGUAAUCCAUUGCUUGCGAUCCUAGCCAUGCUUGUGAUCAAGGACGACCAGAAGGGUGAGGAGCCAUCAAUCAACCCUGCAUCUAUGGAUAACAAUAGCAAGCCAGUAUAAUCCAAAAUAUUAUGUCUUUUGCAGUAUGUCUUAGUUGCCCUUUUCUCCGAUCAUUAAAGUUAAUCUAUUGUAAUUGGUAUUUC